AUGCUGGAUGACGCAUCAAAAAACAAAUUAGAUACGUUAUUCGAUGCUCCCCGAGCUUGCAAUUCUACCCGCUGUCUUCUAACCUGCUUCAAAGAGAAAAUUGAGAAGAAAUGCAACAAAGGUCACCAGAAUCUUUUGGAUGCAUUAAUAAAUACAAUAUUGCGUGAACACGGUAAAGGAAAAGGGUUUGAAGACGCUCUCACCUACAUCAUGCCGGACUACUGCAACAAAAAUUUCACAAAAGUAAAGUCAGAACAGAAGCGUGAGCCCUCUUCAAGCAGACCUCUUUCAGUAGGGAAGGUUAACAAGAAUGUAGGGAAGAAGAGUGCCUUCAAAAAGGCGAAACCUGGAAAGAAAACGGAGCUCAAGACACAAAAGUCCCUGGCGGUACCAGUAGCUGAAGACAACAAAGUGACGGAAAUCACUCUAAUAGUUGAUGGAGAGGUUUGA